UUUAGUACAUUUUUUUUUGUAGAUUAUUUAACUGAAUCUCGGAAGUCUCGAAAACUGGGGUUGAGGUCUCGAGUCUCGCAAAUACGAGAAAAUCGUCGAGACUCUCGGAAUUUUCGUGACCGAGACUCCCGGGAUGAAAUCUGUACUCGCGAAUACCUACUUAAAUUGAUUAUUACAAGUCCUUUAAUUUUUAGAUUUAAGUUUAAUAAAAACAACAGAAAUCAUCCAAAGAAAUCAAACGGCAAACAGCUCCUAGUCUAAAACCUUGUUAUGCUAAGAAAAUUACUGUUUGUGUUAAUAAUACAUCUCGUUGAUAAUAUGAGUAGAUGGUAAAUGUUUCAAAUUAUGGCGACUGAACCUAAUGUUAGCAUAUAGAUUUUAUAUAUAAAUUAACCUUUUUGAAUAAUGCUUUAUAUUAUAAUGCCUGGAAAUUAAAAUAAAGUUCCGAUGAUUGUUACAAAUUCAAACUUAUCAAAAACAAAUGUUCAGUUUAGUAAAUUUACGUAACAUAAUUUGUUGGUAUUUCUUUAAUGUGCUUUAUUAAAUUUAAUACAAUGAAUGAAGGUCAUUGCGAAAAGAUAAAAAGUUUUAAUUCGCCGUCUCAUGGCAGGAGUGGUCAUUAAGAAUCGAAUACGACGCACGAUAGACAUAUCAUUUUAAAUUAUUUGUUUUCAUCAAGACAACUCUUUAUAGUUUUAAGGUUCUUGUCCCGCUAACAACAUGCUUCGUUUCCAGAUGAUAUUAUAUGUAGUAUGUUUGUCGUACGUAGAUUCAGCAAAUAUAUUAUAUGUUAUGCCAUUUUCUUCAAUAUCGCAUUACAUAAUGUUAAAACCAAUUGGCUUAGAAUUAGCACGAAAAGGUCACAAUGUUACUGUGAUCACACCUAUCAGGGAUAAUAAUCCACCUUCGAAUUAUCAUCAAGUUUUAGUAGAUGAUAAAAAAAUUUGGGAUAUUCUAGGAAUGGAGCGUCCAAAUAUUUUUACUAUGGUCGAUAUGUCUGCAGAGGAGUUCCACGAUAAGAUUUUAUGGUCAGGUGGCGUAGCGUUUACUGAGUUAGCAUUGAAUUCUACCGAAGUAAGGAAGUUCUUGAAAGCAGACAAUACUUUUGAUCUAGUUCUUUGUGAACAGUUUUUCCAGGAGGCUAUGUAUGCUCUCGCAUACAAAUAUAACGCGCCUUUAGCAUUAGUGACUACUUUUGGUUCUUGUAUGAGGCAUAAUAUUGCAACGGGUAAUCCACUUCAAAUACCCAACAUUCUAGCCGAAUUCCUGGAUAUCAAAAAUCCAACAAGUUUUUUGGGAAGGAUGAGAAACAUUUAUUUCACUUUGUACGAAUUUAUUUGGUGGCGUUAUUGGUAUCUCGAAAAACAUGAAAAUUUAGUGAAAAAAUAUUUACCAGAACUGUCUGGAAAAGUACCAAAAUUAUAUGAAAUACAAAAAAACGUCUCUUUAAUGUUAAUAAAUAGCCACUAUAGUGCGGAAAUUCCUGCUGCUUUUCUACCAAAUAUUGUUGAAAUCGGAGGUGUUCAUUUGACUCGAAGUAAUACGUCUCUUCCUAAAGAUCUCCAAAAGAUUCUGGAUGAUUCAAAGUAUGGAGUUGUUUACAUGAGUUUGGGUUCUAACGUAAAAAGUGCUGAGUUGCCAGACUCAAAAAGGGAAGCUUUCCUAAAAGUAUUUGCUAGUCUUAAUCAGACCGUUCUAUGGAAGUGGGAAGAUGAUAAUUUGGAAAAUAAACCGGAAAAUUUAAUUACACGCCAAUGGCUGCCGCAAAAGGAAAUUCUUGCUCAUCCGAACGUCAAGGUAUUUAUAUCCCAUGGCGGUUUAAUAGGAACACAAGAAGCAAUAUUUAAUGGAGUGCCACUUGUCGGCGUUCCCAUAUACGCUGAUCAAUAUAAUAAUUUAUUAUAUGCAGAAAAAGCUGGUUUCGGUAAAAUUUUGCAAUACCACGAAAUUAAUGAAAAUCAUUUGUUUCAAACUCUCAGCGAGGUUCUCACUAAUGAUUCUUAUAUGCAAAAAGCUAAGGAGGUUUCUAGAAGAUUUAAAGAUCGCCCUAUGACACCUCUGGACACAGCUGUGUUCUGGUUGGAAUAUGUUAUAAGAAACAAUGGCGCCGAGUUCAUGAAAAACCCGACACGGAAUUUAAAUUGGUUUUCAUUUUACAUGCUCGAUGUUUAUGCUUUAUUCCUUUUGAUUGUCUUUUUGUUUAUUAUGAUUUUUUAUAAAAUUGUGAUGUUCAUAGCCCAGAUGUACGUUGAUUAUAAAGUUAAAGUCACUAUUGUAAAAAAAGAACAAUGAUAUAAGUAUGUUGUUGCACAUUAGGUGCAUAUAGUAAGGUCUAUCAUUGAAUAAGUUCUCCAGUCCAAAGCACUUCGUUUAUAUGAAACCUUAAAGUUAUACGAAUCUCGCCAUAACUAAAGCUAGGAUCACACUGUCCACUGUAGAUAACUGUUCCAUUUAUUUUAUAAUCAAAUAAAUUAUUUUUCAAGUCAAGCAAAUAAUUCAUGAGAACAUUAUUUGUCACACUCAUUAUGAAUAAUUUGAAAUGUAUUGAUUUUUUUAAAGUUUUUGACUCGUGUUAUUUAUAAAUUAAUUCAUUAUAUUUUGUUCAAUAUUGUAAACAUUUAAAUUAUUUAUUAUUACAUAUUUAUACCACAAAAGAACAUAGCUUUUCUACAUACAUACUUAAAAUUUUACGUAAAGUUAAACCAUUAGCCUAUUUACAGUAUUUUCCAUAUAUAAAAUGUUCCAUAAUACGUAUGUAUCAGCUGAUAGUCUGUAACGACAAAGUUGCCAUUAAUUUAUACUAAAGCUCUCACGAAAUUACCUCAUACUAUUAAUUACUCACGAUAAUUAAAUAGAGAAAAGAAAGUAUUCAGUUCAACAUUGUUUAAUAUUUAAUGCAUAAUUUAGUUAAUAAUUAACAAGGAAACUUCGAGGGAGACUAAUCUAGAUUGCUCGUUUAGCUAUUUUUCAAGUCAGUAUUUUGCGUCGAUCUUGUGUUGUACGAGUUUUUUUAUACACCACAUUUUUAUAUUCCCGCCUUAGCUGUGCCGGCUUAACGUUGCAGGCUUUAUUGUGCAACCAAAUUUCUAGCAACUGUUAAAAAUUAAAAUGUACAAUGUUAUCAUGUCUAUUAAAUAUAGUAUAAAAUUA